GAGCCAUGUUCCACGUUCGUUGUUGCAUGGAAGGUACGUACGCAGGGCUUUGACACCCAUUUUUCUGGGAUUUCCGGCCUUUCUCAACCCCGCCCAAAAAGGCUCAUUUACCCUACCAUUCGGGCCCCCUUCGCUGAGGCAAAGAAUGUGGAUCCGACUCUUGGCAGCAGUGGCCUGCCAAGGGGGUCCGCAGAAGUUCCAAGUGAAGCAGAUUUGCAACAACUUUCAAUCUAUUGAUUUAAUGUCAACGGGAUGUGAGGGAUGAUCGGUGUGAUAUUGAUGUCUUCUCGCAAUCCGAUGACACCGGGUGCUUAUUUCUUUUUGGGCACGUAUUCCGGGACGACCUGCGGGAGAAAAUCUCUGGAAUGGACAUGGGUACUUUGUGGACUCACCAAAUCUGUAUGCAUUGUUGCUAUCCUCACCUGGUUGGUGUUUUCAUCUACUCUUUACUUUUCAGCCUCUUUGUAUAUACAUAUAUAUACAAAAAAAAAUUCACACGGCUUAAACCACCAUCCAGUCACCACGCAUACCAGAGGGACUUAUUUGCUCCUUGCAUUUCGAUGUCCCCUCUCUAGGCCUGGUCUUUCCAACCUCUAAAAAUAUGACGAGGCGUUUUAGGUGGCGCAGAAAACCAUCCCAUGAAUUGUAAGAACACCCAAAAGAUCAUUUGUUUGGUUUUUGAUGCAUAGUGUCCCGACAUUCCCCUUAAUCCCCCUAUUCUCCACAGCACCCCUCGUUUCGCAACGUCCUCCCCACCUCGAUUGUUUGCUCGCGUGAGGACAACGCGCGCUUGCGGAUGAUCUGCGAGUUCUGCGAGACGCCGAGGGGUUUCGGCUUGGUGGCCCGCAGCCUGGAUGGGCAGGGUGGACCGCAGAGGGAGUCCGCCCGACCGGAGGAGGGCGACGGACUGGAGCGUGAGGAGGGCGAGAAAGAGGAGCAGGAGGCGCCAGACGAGGAGCCCUCGCCCAGCGCCGAGCCCAGCGAAGUCCCAAAACUGGUGCGCGCAGGCAAAGAUCCUGCCGCAGUGGAAGCAGAUCAGUGGGCGCAAGAACGGCGCCGAAACCUCUUGCUGGAGCUCAGGCAGCUGGACCGGCUCUCCUAUGCCGAGCGCCGCGGGCGAUUGCGCGCCUUGCAGCUGGAAUUGCACCCGGACAAGCAAGCCUGCUCACACCGACAGGCGCAUGCCCAGCUGCUCUUCUUAUUAGUCCAAGCGAAAUGGGAGCAGUGCGAACGCUUGGCGCCGCCGAGAUCGCCCCCGUCGACCUCGGCACCCUCCACGGCGAGCACCGAAACGUGUGAGGCGAAGGGUCGAAGACCCGAAGGUCAGGCAGAGGAGGACUCUGAAGAGGAGGACGAGGCAGAGAAGACCAGUGAGCCAGUAGAGAUCUCAGUCAGUGAUCUUGGUGGUGAGGUUUGCCGCAUGACAGCUGAUCGCAGCUGGCUGAUUUGGGAUGUGAAGAGAGAGAUCGAGGCCUCUUGCGGACUUCAACCAGAUCGACAGCGCUUGUUGUUGGAUUCCAAAGACCUUGAUGACUAUGCCAGCCUGAAGUCUUUACCAAAGUCUCCAUCCCUGUCCUUGAUUCUGGUGGAAUGUUUAGAGCGCUACAGGUUGCGCAGUGUCUUUCUCCAAGAAUUAAAGAGUUCCAAGUUGGCUUGGAAGGCAUUGCAGUAUGCGUCCGCCUCGCUGCGUGCGGAUAAAGAUCUGGUGAUGCUUUGCAUGGAGCAAGACUGGCGAGCUUGGGACUUCGCAGCUCCUGAGUUGAAGGCGGAUCCCGCUUUGGCGGAGAAGGUCUUGAGUUCCAAUGGCCUGAAGCUUCAGGGGAUGUCCAAGAAGAUCCGCGCGGAUGCGUCCUUGGUCUUGAAAGCCGUGAAGCAGAACUGGAGGGCCUUGCAGUUUGCUUCGGCCAAGUUGCGGCGCGACGCCUUCGUGGUCCUGGCCGCGUUGGCACAAGAGGUCCGGGCCAUGGAGUUCGCAGGAGAGGAGCUCACCGUGGACCGCACCUUCGCCAAGUCGGCCGUGUGGAUCCAAGGCAUGUCACUGAAGUACUUCUCGGCCGACGUGCGCUGCGAUCGAGAAGUGGUGAGAAUCAGCUGCCAAAAAGAGCCUGGCGCAAUUGCGUAUGCCGCCCCGAAGCUCUUGGCAGAUCAGUCUUUCAUGAAGUCCUUGAAAGGGAACAGCGAAGUUCCCAAAUGCUAUGCUUGGAAUGAUGAGCAGAGGCAUCAAAUGGAAGAGGAGUUGUUCGAUCGGUACAACUAUGUGACCCGAGCCUGACACAUUCUUUCGUAGUCGCAGCCCUUUUUCUAAGCCGGGAAUGGCACGAUGAAAAAGAAAGCAGUGGAAAGAGCUGUGCCAGUGGGAAGUCCCUUGGGAGAGUUCUUCGAACUUUCCAGAAAGCCUGAUCAGAUGCUCAGAUGCUCGAGUGCCUGUCCUCUUCGAAUCAGUAAGAAUCCUUGGGCCCUCCGCGGGUCCGACCCUCCAUGGCAGGGGUCCAGGCCCUCAAAACCCCUCCCAUUUGAUGGCCCGGAUUCUUA